AUGGCGCGGGCGUGGCCGCCUCGGCCACCUCGCAGCGGGCGAGGGGCGCGGGCACGGUGGCUCCGGCCACCACAGCGCGUGUGGGGGGCUCUGGCGCGGGAGCCUCGGCGGCUCCUCUCCCACGGUGUCCCAAGCAGGCGAGUGCUCGGCCCUCGGCUCCAGGGCACGUGCGCGGCCAGCUCCCGGGAUCUGUCGACUUCUUCGGCGCGGCUGGGAGGAGAGGGCGGGGCGGCCGCCUGUGGUUGCAAAGCAGGGACCGGCACCUUCUCGAACUUGCGAGGAGGGGAUGAGCUCAGCGCUGUUUCACCCGGGGCCCCGCCGGUGCCGCACGUCGCGGGUACGCCACCGACCAGCUCGGCCGAGAGGUCGAGGUGGCAGGGCGAGGUGCUCUCGGCCACCGGCACCGGUUUAGACCGCCUCCACGGCGCGUGCGCGGCCGGACCCGGGAACACGCGACUCUAG